AGUAAUGGCAGAAGACGGACGGACAAGCAAACCGGUGUGUGGAUCACCCAGAGAGGGAGGAAGUGCUCAGGACCCUGCGAUAUAAAACUGCUCCCACACCUCCAAGCCUGGUAGUCCACCUGUGCCAUGAGGGUGUGUGUAGUGUUGGUGUUUCUCGCGGCAGCCGUAGCCUUAGCCUGGGCUCAGGCUCGUCCCGCCCAGCAGCGUGUGGUAAGGGCGGCGGAGGCCAAACACCGCAGUAAGGCAUAUGGAGGCUACCCAGGGGGUGGGUACGGAGGGUAUCCUGGCGGUGGCUAUGGAGGCUACCCUGGUGGUGGAGGUUAUGGAGGUGGCUACGGAGGUGGCUACGGAGGUGGCUACGGAGGAGGUUAUGGAGGUCAUGGGGGUCAUGGGGGCCACAGGCCCAGGCCUAGCCACUACAAACCUGGUGGCUAUCCAGGAGGAGGCUACGGGGGGUAUCCAGGGGGUGGAUAUCCAGGAAGACCCUCCGGAUCGCAAUCUCAGAGUCAGGCGCAGAGCUCGGCUCAGAGUUCCUCCUUCGGUAUCAACACACCGAUCGGACCCUUCAGUCUCAGCCAAUCGCAGUCCCAAGCCAGUUCCUCAGCAAAUUCGGGAGGAUUCGGAGGUUUGGGUCGAUGAUUCUCUUGGAUUUCCUCAUCUGUCUACUCAACUCUUCUAAAAUUCUCUUUAUUUAUAAAACAACUUUUUUACAAA